AUGUCGCGCAAGAACAACCGCAAAUUCCACAAGGCUCGCCAUGAGGCAGCCCUCAAGUGGGAGAAGAAGGAGCGGAGCCGAAGAGAGGAGCGCUUCGAGCGGAAGGCGCAGCUCGAGCAACUGACGAAGGCGAUGGAGCUUCUGGGCGGCGGAGGGCGGAAGGAGGAAGCGAAGGCCGAGGAGCAAAUGGAGGCUUCGGACAGUGUGCCGGCUGUGGCGAGCGCAGAGGAAGCGAGCUCCGACGAAGAUGAAGACAUGGAGGGCAAGAAACCUUCUAAGAAGUCGAGCAAGCGGCAAGCCGGAGCGAAGGUGAAGAAGAUUCUGUGCAAAGAUGCGACGCUGAAGAAGAAGGCGUUGGCACGGCUGAAGGCGCGUGCGAAAAAGCGAGCGAUGCUGUCAGACGACGAGGAAGACCCCAAAGACAAAGUUGUCGCAGUUGUGCGAGGCCAUCGUCAAGGCGUCAAGGAAAUCCACCGCUGCCGGGAUAAAAAGAUUCUUCGGCAAAUCCUCAAACGCGAACGUGAGUUCUCCCCGAGAGGCUGCAGCCUCGGCGAAACCUGGUUAUCGAAGAGACUCAGCUUGUUCACUGGGCUCGCUUCACACGCUCUCUCUGUUACUGUGUCUGCUCGCGUAUUCCGCUACCCUCACUCUGUCGGCAUUACCUCGCAUAUCUUCUUCACGCAAACGCGGAACGGGCAGCCUGUGCAAGUUUACUACUGCGCCUAA